AUGGACUCUUUUAUGAAACUGACAGUGCACAACUACCUUGAUGACGAAAGGUUAACGUUGUCGCACUCUGCUGCAACACUGGAGCUCGGACGCGACCUAGCUCAUGCAGCCUUGUCUAAUCUCGGAUGGCAAAAACCAUCUGUCUCCUUUAACAAACGGCUGUUCGCACUGAAACACGACCGACUAUACCAAUUCAGUGUGAGCCCGCCGCAGGUCGGUACACCGGCGCCUCGAACACAUGUUCUCAAGGACUGGGGGGUUCCCCCGGGUGACGAAGAAACAUUGACGCUUGAAGCCCUCGAGGAGUUUAUACAUCCCAAGUUGGAAGCUCCUUGUGCUCGUCCUACCCAAAAGCGCCCCGCACCGCAGGAUUCGCGCCCAGACGUCCGUGAUUCACAAUCACGACAGACUACGCGCCCCUCAACAUAUGAAGUGUGUCUAGAACCACCCACGAAGCGACCCAGACAUGAUACCGCCUCUAUUUCAAACUUGAUACCCCAGGUCUUGAUAAUUUGUUCAGUUUACCUUCACCCGGCUUACGAUUUGCAGCCUCAUUAUGUUCCAGGUCCGAGUGUUGGUUUUCGGCCGUUGGACAGCGAGCACCUCAGGCCUUACAGAAAAACACAGCCAUCACUGAUCGCACCGUUUGAUCUUGCCUCGGCUAAGCUUUUCUUGAGUGCUUCUUGCAAUAGGGCCGCCUGGCUUAUUCCUGUACGUGGCGUCCUACCAUGGGACGAUGCUACUUGUGCCACUAUCUUGGAACCCCCACAAACUCCACAGGGAGAUGACACUCCUCUGCUUCCCUCUGGACCUGCACCGCUACGCGACGGGAUCUCAAGAAUUACUUGGACUCAUCAUUCGGUCGUGCACUUCUGGCAAUUCCUGAUAUCCAUUCAGCAAGCUGAAAAUCUUGGGUCCAUCUCGAUUGGCUUUCAUAGCGCACCUUCGGAUACCGCAUUUACACUCGACAGUGCGCUCGGCCUAACGGCUGGAAGUGGCAAUCGGCCUGUUCAACCUGCACAAGCGGGGAGAUCCUCUGAUCUUUCCGAUGGCUUGUCGGAUCAGGUCCGUCACGCACAACUAGAAGCAACGGACUUCAUCAAGGUGUAUCAUGAUACCAAGUACUCGUUUUAUCUCCGAAAUAUUCUAGACGCCUACAUGUAUAUUCCCGGAGAAACCGCAUCAGAGGAAAGGCAUCCAGCCGAUUGUGAAAUAGCUGGAUUAACGACGAAGAUCAGGCUGCUGAGAUUAGCACGACUCGUAAUCGUCGACGACCGAUCCAGAGCUGUCUUAUUGUCCUGA